AUGGCUCGUAACCGUGGUUCCAUCCAAAAGUGCUGUAACUUCGAAGACACCAGACGUCUGACUCGCAGAGAGAGACUGCACCAACUUUGUGCAGAUGCCGCAAACGCUUCCAUGGCCAAUCAUAACUGGAUGAUGGAUCCUCCUCUGACCGUCGCUUCCGAUUGGCAUCCAAANCAGUAUGUUGUGCCUACUAUACUCAAGACGAUAUACUCACAUCAUCGAGGAAACCAAUUCGAGCCCUUGACUCAUCUUCACGACCGCAAAUCUCGAUGGUUCGCCAACCGCCAUUCAAAACGCAGAAGGGCAAGGGAGCACAAGAGAAAGGAGCUCGUCGAACUUCAGCUUGCUUCUUUGGACGCCGAACUGUCAACUCGCUUCGAUCAUGUCAUUAGGACGAAUGAGCACAACUCCAAUGUCCAGCUGCCGGACCUUGAUCUCUCACCUAUGCAAAUAGUCAAGUGGCAACCUCCAGCACUGUCGCCAGCACGCACACCCACCACUCACUUCCAACCUAUAUCCGAUGCAGACUGGUCAACCCUUGAAAUCAAGUUCUCGGCCCCAGCCAGAAAGACUUUGGCUGUUCCAUUUCCAUCUCCGCCUAUCUCCUUCAUGACAGCGGCCGAACUUGGUCUACUCACGCCAUUGACACCCAAAGUGUGCUUGCCAGAACUUACAAACAGACCGCAAGCUCCUAUGACUCAUGUAGGCGACGCUCCGAUUGUGACGCCUUGGAUGCCUUGCCCUUCCGCCACUACACCCAUCACCCAGGGUCCACGUCUGGCUGUAGACGCUCCAGAAUACGAUGACAUUGAGGCGUCGUUUGUGGCAGCAAAGCUAUCAUACUUCCGUGACAUCGAUCCAUUCGACUUGGCCGUCCCUCCAACCUUUGAUGCUAGGCCAAGCACCUACGAACAUUUCGAGCCACAGCCACAGUCGACGAGGUGCACUCUAUAUCGAGGAAAGGGUGAUCAUCACCCCGAGGAGCCAUCUCUGAACUCUUCCCAGUUUCUGUGUACUUGCGAAGAAGGCAGAAUGCCAGGUGUGGUACACAACAAGUCCGCCACUGCUCAGACCUUUGCUCUCGAAGUCGAUUGGUCCGAUAAGCCAGUCGAAGACUGGCCUUACGAUAUCAUUGGUGAUUGGAACGACGAGCCUUUUCUUGAAUGGGGAGAACCAUUUGCAGACUGGGUUGAUGAGCCAGCUGACGGUUGUUCUGAUGAUCUUGUCAUGAUCGAGCAUGAUGCUGAAAUCUACGAGUGGACCUUCUUGUCGUCCCACAACGGCAAUCUAAGCAAUUGUAUCUCGAACAGCAGCUCGGCAUGCUCGAGCGUGGAAGUGCUCCUGCUGCCAUUGAAAGACUCAUUCUUGGAAGAUAGCUCUGCAUACGAAGGACCUGCUCGCGAAUUGGCUGACAAUGGAUCGAAUAUGCGCAGAGUGUCAAAGUCAGCCUGGGAAUCGGAGUCUGACUUUUGCAUUCCUGCUUUCUUCUAG